GACCAAGCAGUUGGAUGCAGUCACAAGUUGAGAUCCCCGUCUGCCUCCAGUGAGGAAUAACAGGAGUCGAGAUGACGUUCAUCGCCAAGACCUUCUACGACCUGAGAGCCACCAAGCUGGAGGGAGACUCUGUGGAUUUCAAUGUGUUUCGGGGACGGGUGGUCCUGAUAGAGAAUGUGGCCUCGCUCUGAGGAACCACACCCCGGGACUUCAGUGAGCUCAACCAGCUUCAGAGCAAGUACCCUCAUCGGCUGGUGGUCCUGGGUUUUCCCUGUAACCAGUUCGGCUAUCAGGAGAACUGCAGCAAUGGUGAGAUCUUGAAUUCCCUGCAGCAUGUGCGUCCAGGCGGCGGCUUUCAGCCCAGCUUUACCAUCUUUGAGAAGUGUGAUGUUAACGGGACAAACACACAUCCAGUCUUUGCCUAUCUUAAAGACAAGCUCCCCUAUCCCGAUGAUGACCCCACCUCCCUCAUGCAGGACCCCAAAUUUCUGGUUUGGAGUCCCAUCAGCAGGACAGACAUCUCUUGGAACUUUGAGAAAUUCCUCAUUGGCCCAGAGGGAGAGCCCUUUAAAAGAUACAGCAAAGUGUUUCCCACCAUUGACAUAGAGCCUGACAUUCAAAGACUGUUAAGAUUAACCAAGACCUAAGAAUAGCCUCCACUUCUUAAUGACGUCUCAUCCAUCACAGUCAAAGCUGACAUGCUGUCCUCCACACUUUUAAGCCUUAUUAAAUGAGGGUGGUAUUCUUAAAAGCUAAGGGAAUAUUAUCUGAAGCCUUAUAAGUGCUUAAGAGUAGUAGAGGAAUGAAUUCAAACUGUCAAAAUGUGGGUAUACUUCAUAGAAACGAUCACUUCUAAAGCCAGAUAUUUUCUCAUGGAUGUCCUUUUGUUUCUUGUCCUAUGCUAGCCUGGCCAGCAGAUGGUGCUACCGAUUUGAUCAUAAAAGAAAGAUAACUUAUUUUGUUCAUGCUUUUAUGAAUUAAGAUUCAUCACACACACACACACACACAUACUCUCUCUCUCUCACAAAAUGUUUGCACUGUAAUAAAACCCAAAAACCAAUAAUCUCUCUCACUGAUGCAUCUUCUUUUAAUUGGACCAGUGAAGCACCUGCUAUAAAGAUGUGUUCCUCUGAUAAAAA